AUGUCCACUAGAGCAGAAGCCAAGGCCGCAGCGGGAGAUCCUUCCCCUGAUGGUGGCGUAAACUCGGCUCCCAUGCUAACCUCCAGCAAAGGCUUUUGUUCAGUCCGACAUGGGCUGGCCCUCAUGGUGCAUCUCUGUAAUUUUGCAAUUUCCACCCAACAAAUGAACUUGAGCAUUGCCAUCCCAGCCAUGGCGAAUGGCACAGCCCUGCCUGGUCCACACAACACCUCUGCAGAAGAACCUCCCCCUGGUGACCUGGAGAAUGGGAAUGAAACGCUAAUGACAUCUAAGGCAGUGGCGCCUGUGUAUGAUUGGAGUCCUGAAAUCCAGGGCAUCCUCCUCAGCUCCCUCAACUACGGCUCCUUCUUGGCGUCAAUCCCGAGUGGCUAUGUGGCUGGAAUAGUCAGAACCAGGCACUUGGUCGGCACGGCCUUGUUUGUGUUCUCCAUCCUGAGCCUCCUCACCCCACUGGCAGCUGAGGCCGGAGUUGCCCUGCUCAUCCUCCUGCGGCUCGUCCAAGGCAUAGCCCAGGUUAUGAUACAAACAAGUCAGUAUUUAAUUUGGGUGAAAUGGGCCCCCCCACUGGAGAGGAAUCAACUCAUCACCCUUUCUGUCUCAGGGUUGAUGCUGGGCUACUUAACUGUCCUCCUUGCCGGUGGCUUCCUUUCCGAGACCCUAGGAUGGCCUUAUGUCUUCUAUGUCUUUGGUGGGAUUGGCUGUGCCUGUUCUUGUCUCUGGUUCCCUCUCGUGUACGAUGACCCUGAGGACCAUCCCUUUAUCAGCACUGGUGAGAAGGACUACAUCGUGGGUUCACUGGCUCAGCAGGACUGUGCCCCAGACAGGUCUCUUCCCAUCAAAGCCAUGGUCAAGUCCCUGCCUCUCUGGAGCAUUUUACUGUCUCAGUUCAGUGAAAACUGGUAUUUCUAUGUCAUGAUGGCGUACUUGCCCACGUACCUCAACUCCGUACUUCAAGUGGACCUCAAAGGUAGUGGCUUCCUGUCGGCCCUUCUGCUCGCUGUGGCCUUCGUCAGCGUCAUCCUGGGUGGACUGCUGGCGGAUCUUCUCCUCUCCAGGAAGGUGCUCACACUCAUCGUCAUCAGGAGGCUCUUCACCGCCACAGGGGUUCUCUUCCCAAGUGUGCUCUCCGUGCUCCUGCCCUGGGUCAGCUUCAGCCUCGGCAUCACCAUGGCCUUCUUGGUACUGAGUUUCGCCACCAGCAGCCUCUGCCAAGCAGGAUCCCUUGUCAACUUCAUGGACAUUGCUCCUAGGUACACUAGCUUUCUCAGGGGGCUAUCACUGGUCUUUGCUCAACUGUCAGGAGUCAUCGCUCCCACAGUUUCCGGAUUUUUCAUCAGUCAGGACUCAGAGUUUGGUUGGAGAAACAUCUUCUUGCUUUCAGCAGCUGUUGACAUAUCAGGCCUGGUCUUCUACCUUGUCUUCAGCCAAGCAGAGGUGCAAGACUGGGCUAAAGAGCAGACCCUCACCCGCAUGUGA